AUGGAGCGCAGUCGCAAAGGAAUUAAACAGUGUAGGAUGAAACGCAUCAGGUCCUCCAGCAGCAGUGACAGUUCUGACAAUGAAAGUCCUUCCACUUCCUUCUGCUCCUCAAACAAAUAUGGCAGUAAACCGGGAACCCCCGCUUCUAGCCAGAAGAAACCGGCUGAAGUGUUCAGAAAAGACUUGAUCAGUGCCAUGAAGCUGCCGGACUCGUACCACAUUAACCCUGAGGACUUCUACCUUCUGGCCGACACAUGGAAGCAGGAGUGGGAGAAGGGCGUCCAGGUCCUGGCCAGUCCAGACACAAUCCCCCGGCCCUCUGCCAGAGUGGUUGCAGACAGAUCCAGGGAACAGCUCUACAGCCACAAGAAGAAGUACAUACAGUGUUCAAAACCAGACCUGACGGAGCCGGGGUACGUGAACAUUCGGGAGCUGGCGGAGUCCAUGUGUCGCUACGACCUAGACGAGGUUGACCUGCACUGGCUGUACAACCUCAACAUGGAGCUGUCCCACAUGGGGGAGGAGCCGAUGGACGAGCUGACAAUGGAGCGCACCCUAGAGGCCUUGGAGCGUCAGUGUCACGACAACAUGAAGCACGCCAUUGAGACGGUGGAGGGUCUGGGCAUCGAGUACGACGAGGACGUGAUCUGUGACGUGUGCCGCUCACCGGACAGCGAGGAGGGCAACGACAUGGUCUUCUGCGACAAGUGCAACAUCUGUGUGCAUCAGGCUUGUUAUGGGAUUGUCAAAGUUCCGGUCGGGAACUGGUUGUGUCGAACCUGUGUCCUGGGCAUCGACCCCCAGUGUCUGCUCUGCCCCAACAAAGGAGGCGCCAUGAAGGCCACACGGGCCGGGACAAGGUGGGGCCAUGUGAGCUGUGCCCUGUGGAUCCCUGAGGUCAGCAUUGCGUGUCCUGAGAGAAUGGAGCCCAUAACCAAAGUGUCCCACAUUCCUCCGAGUCGCUGGUCUCUGAUCUGCAGUUUGUGUAAGAUAAAGACUGGAGCCUGUAUACAGUGCUCGGUGAAGAACUGCACCAUCCCCUUCCAUGUGACCUGUGCCUUUGAGCACAGUCUGGAGAUGAAGACCAUUCUGGACGAAGGGGACGAGGUCAAGUUCAAGUCCUUCUGCCUCAAACACAGCAAGCCCAAGUCUGGGGAGCCAGGCCUGAGUCCGGUCCGAGCCAAACCCUCUGUGGAGGCGGUGAAGUGCGGGCCGCGCGCUCAGAGGCUGCGCGAGCUGGAGGAGGACUUCUACACUCUGAUCCAACCAGACGACCUGAUCAGAGGCCUCCAGCUGUCAGAGCGCAGGGUCGACUUCAUCUAUCAAUACUGGAAACUCAAGCGGAAAAACAACUUCAACAAAGCUCUGCUGUCCCCUGCUGAGGAGGAGCAGAACCUGGCACUGCAGCCGCAGGAGGACAGUGUGCACACACGCAUGAGGAUGUUCAUGCACCUGCGGCAGGAUCUGGAGAGGGUGAGGAACCUGUGCUACAUGGUGAGUCGCCGCGAGAAGCUGAAGCUGCUGCAGAGUAAAGCUCAGGAGCAGAUGUUCAGUCUUCACAUCAAACUCUUGGACCAGGAGUUCAUGGCCGGUCUUCCAUCUUCAUUCCCUGUGGAGAAUACCCUCUUCCGCCCUCCUCCUCCUCGGAUCACACUGAAGCUCAAGAUGCCCAAGUCCAAACCCACUAACGGCCAAAAUGGGAACUCUGUGAACAAAUCUGCCAACGGUCCUCUGAGUCUGGACAACCGUCUGAACGUGAGCGACCAGGGAGGACCGGGAGAGGGACUGGGACAGGGAAAACCUCUGCUCCACACUCACAACUGCAAAGAGGACCUCUCCAACGGACACCUCUCGCCCUCAAUGCUCAAGAAGAAACCGUCAGGCAAGCCUUUAGCUCUGCACGCCGCUCUGCAGGGCCAUUCGUCCAACGGGAAGCGCCACAAGGACGGGAAAAGUCGCAACAAACCGAGUUUGAACGGAGUAUUGGACAAGUACGUCACGCAGACAGACAACUCAUGCCAGACUAAGACAGAGGCCGAGGUUAGUAAAGCGAUGGAGAAGGCUAGCUUCCGGAAAGUCGCCCUCGAGCAUUUCGGGAAGUCCUUCAAAGAGGCCACGAUCAGUUUGGUGCGAGCGACCGAGGACAUUAACGUCGAGAAACUGGGAAUGAAAGGAAAAGGCGCAGCUAAAGACAGACUCAAGGCAAUCACCGGACACAACACAAUCAAAGCAGCGAGAGACAGCGACGGCUACUGUCCUGACUUGGAGCUCAGCGACUCGGAGACAGAGGCGAAGGGGAGACACAAGCAGAGGCUACUGUCGAGAGAAAGCCCCAAACUUGACUCUAGUAGGAAAGGUUUAAGCAGAGGAAAGCAGGCCUUCGCCCCCAGACAACCCAGACAGAGAGACGCGCCUGCUCCAGUUCCGCCUUUUCCCUCCUGUAAAAUCUGCAUCAAACCCGGGGACAGAACCAGAGCUUUCACCGCAGCCACCACCAGCUCCGAUCACCUUCGGUUUUUUGGGGAGAAAGAUGCGGAAAUUCACCGGUCUGUGCUUCCUGCUCACCCACGGACACAUGCGGAGGAGAUAAGCCCGGGGCUGGAGGCGCCGGUGCCGGGCAGAGCUGCUUCAGAGAGCCGCGGUGAGGGAUGGAGCAGACCGGGGUGGCUGAUGUCGUCGAGGCGAGUCAUGAGUGAGCGGAGUCUGGCCGAGCUGCCGAUGGACAGAUGGAUGUCCCACCUACCCCCCCCUCUCUGGGAUGUCCCACUGUAUCACCUCGCCAUCCCAGGCAGCCACAACGCCAUCACCUACUGCCUGGACAUGAACGACCGCUCGCCCAUGGACAUGCUGCAGCCGGACAUGCUCCAGAGACUGGACAAGUACAUGAAGCCCCUGGUCAGGCCCUUUGUUUAUAAGUGGGCAGUGGCACAGGAAUACGACAUCAAGACGCAGCUGGACUGUGGGAUCCGCUACUUAGACCUCCGCAUCGCUCACCGUCCCAACGACCCGUCCACCGACCUGUACUUCUACCACGGAGUCUACACCACCAUCACUGUGCAGGUUGGGCACCUGCACCUCAGAGGACCCAGUCUCUACUGA